AUGAUCAUCGCAGGUCCACCCUCCUUCAUUUCUCCAUCGCCAGUCCGGCUCGAACCUCAGCUCGCUCUGUUGGGAUCGACACACUUUCGUUUUAUAUCAAACCAAGACCUGGUCGAUCUUCGAGUCUGUCAGCCCACCAAUACCACCGUACAUCACACCCUCGCGCGUUCUGAACCAUUAUAUCUACCAGACACCAACCACGCUCGCUCAAUGUCCGACAAGCUCUGCGACCACAGCCUCAAGCAUGGCUGCAGCGCAGUCGUAGCCAGCUCUGUCUCGCUUUGCGAUGCUUGCGAAAAGGGAGCGUGUUGA